AUGGAAAAAAAAUGGAUACAAGAAAAGUGUGUCGAAUAUAAUCUAAGAAAAAUGAAACAAGAUCAAAAAAUUAAUGAAAAGGACAAUAAUGCUAUCCAUAAAAAUAGUUGUCAUAUUAUUGAAGAAACGGAUGAAAAAUAUAAAAAAACAAAAGAAAUAAUAAUAAUAAAUAAUAAUUAUGGAUUCAUAAAUAAAAAUAACAAUAUAAAAAAUAAACACACUGAAUGUAUUAACAAUAAUGUUAAUAAUUUACAAUAUAAUAAUAUACAAAGUAAUCAUACUUUUAAUGUAUUACAAAAGAAUUAUAUAAAUGACACAAAAAUAUUUAAUGAUGAUCUAAAAUUAAAAGGUGAAUCACAAAUUAGUUAUAUUCCUAAUAAUAUAUGUAAAGAUGAGGAGAAACAAGAAAAUUAUAAUACUUUUUAUAACAACGAUAAUAUUGAUAGUAUCAAUAAUAAUGAUAAUUCUCAUCCUUUUUACAAGGAAGACAUAAUAUUGUUGAAGAAGAAAAAGGAAAAUCUAAUUAAUAAGAAUAUGUCUUUAAAUAAAUCUAUAUCCAUUAAUAAUAUAAAUGAGCCAGAGGAGCAUAUAAAAGAAAAAUUCAUAAAAAAUAACAAUUCCCACGAAAUAAAGAUAAAUAAUAAUAACAAUAAUAAUAACAAUAAUAAUAAUAACAAUAAUAAUAACAAUAAUAAUAAUAAUAAUUAUGGUGAUGAUGAUUAUAAUAAUUAUUAUUCAUAUAAUAAUAUAAAUAAUAAUAAUAAUAAUAAUAAUAAUCCAUUAUUAGCACAUGAAAAUUUGUGUGAUUAUAAAGAUAUAAAUAUUAUGAAAAAUAAUAUGGAAGAUGAAAAUUUAAAAUUAAAAACAAACAAAAAAACAAAAAAUUUAACAAAUGAUUAUAUAAAUAAAUCUUAUUAUGAAGAUAUAAAAAAUAUAGAUAGUAAUAAUUGUAUGUCCUUUCUAGGUAAUAUUUAUCAAUUAGAUACAAGAGCUCCUAGUGUUUCUCAAUCUAUUGCAUAUAAUACUUCAAAUUUUUAUAUGGAAAAUGAAAAAAUAAAACAUAUACAAAAUGAUAAACAAAUAAAUAAUGAAGACAUAAAAUUUGAAGACCAUAAUAAAAAGGAAUAUAUAUUUCAUCACAAAAAAAAUAUUAAUAAUAAUUCAAAAAUAAAUAUGUAUUCUAACAAGGAUAAUGAAGAAAUAUAUAAUUAUCAAGUAAUAUCUGAUAAGGUAGAAAAAAAUGAUUACGCUAUAAGAAACAUUAAUAAUGUAAAUAAUAAUACUUAUAAAUCAAUUAAUCAACAAAUGGUAUAUGAUUUUAAAAGUGAUAUCCUAAUAACAAGACAAAAAAAAAAUUUGAAAUUAAAAAAAAAAAAAGAACAGAAAAAGGAAAAGCUAAAGGAAAAUGAAGAAGGAAAUGUAAAGGAAAAGCAACAAAAUAAUGAAUAUGAAAAAUAUGAAAAAAAUGAAAAUAUUGAAAAAAAUGAAAAAAUUGAAAAAAAUGAAAAAAUUGAAAAAAAUGAAAAAAAUGAAAAUAUUGAAAAAAAUGAAAAAUAUGAAAAAAUUGAAAAAUAUGAAAAAAUUGAGCAAAAUGAAAAAAUAAUAAAAAAGAUAGAUAAAAUAAAUAAAAAGAAACGUCUUAAACUUACCAAUAAAUAUAAUAAUAAUUAUAAACUUUUUAAAAGUUUUGUCUUUUCACUUAAUAAUCCAAUUGAUUUUUCUCCUUCAUCAAAAGAACAAGAUUCAGCUUAUAUGAAAUAUAAAAAUUUAAAAAAUGAAAAAUAUGAUUUAAUGAAUAAAGUUUCCACAUAUAAAAAAUUUGAUCAAAUUUUCUUUUCCGAGGAUUUUAUUACUUAUGAUUUUCAAUGGUUUGAAUCAGAUGGUGUUGUAUCUUCUUAUGCAUAUGACUUUUCCUUUUUUGAUGAAGCUGACAAAUCCAUGGUAUCCUUAGAUAUCAUAGAUAAAGAUGAAGAGCAUGACACAGAAAAGUCUAAUAAUUCUUAUAACUCUCAUAAUGAUCAUUCCAUAUUACAUACACAUACACAUACGCAUAUACAUAAGAAUAAUGAGGAUUACACAAAGGAUGAAAAUCAUCUAAAAUAUAACAUACAGCCACAUAUAAACAAUGAUAUAUCUAAUAUGAUCCAUAUGAAUGAUUACCAGAAAAAAGAACAAAAUAAUAAGAACAAUAUAGAUGAAGAUAAAAAUGUAUAUAUGCAAAAUGAAAAUGAUUUCGUAAUUAUGUAUUCCAAAAUAAUUAAUAUAAGUUUUAUAUAUUCUCCUGAUAUGUUAAAACAUUAUAAUCAUCCAUCUAUUAAUUUGUUUAAUACAAAUAAAACAGAUCACAUAACAACAAAGGACGCAAAUACAAAUAUAAUAUAUACUAAUAAGAAUGACAAAGAUAUAGAUAAAACAUUUAAUAUAACAAAUAAUCAAACAGCUAUAAAAUAUGAUAAUAAUAGGAAUAAUGAUAAACCACAGGAACCAACUGGGCAAAUAUUUGAUAAUACUCAAGUGGAGAGUAUAAAUGAAUAUGAUAUGAAAAUAUCAAAUAAUAAAAAAAAUAUUCAAAGAAAUAUUCAAAAAAAUAUUCAAAAAAAUAUUCAAAGAAAUAUUCAAAAAAAUAUUCAAAAAAAUAUUCAAAAAAAUAUUCAAAAAAAUAUUCAAAAAAAUAUUCAAAAAAAUAUUCUAGAAAUGAAUUCACAAGAUGUAUUUAUUUCAGAUAUUAAAGAAGAAAAAGAAGAAAAAAAAAAACAUUUAAAUAAUAAAAUAAAAAAACAUUUAAAUAGUAUGAAUGUAAGAAUUAUCAUAAAAGAAUGGUAUAUAGAUUAUGGAUUAUAUCCAAAUUCUAUUCCUUAUAUAUAUGUCAUAUCUACAAAUAAUAAUAGAUAUCGUCUAGAUAAACCGUUAGCUGAUUAUUACCAUAUUUUUACAAAGGUCAAGCAAAAAUUUGAAAUAACCACAAGGAUUCUCAAAACCUUACAAGUGUAUCCUAAUAUGUCUUAUAACAGGUUGAUGUCUUAUUUAACAUUAUAUAAUUCUAUAAAAAAAAAAAUGAAAAUAAUAAAUGAUGAAGAUCAAUCUUAUAUACCUAUUGGAUAUACAAAAAAUGAAGAAAAUAAAACACUUGAAGAAAUAGAAAAAUGGGAUAAAAAUAUUAAUAUAAAAACAUCUAAUUUUUACAAUCAACAUUCUAGUGACAAAAUAAAAAAUGAUGAUUCAAUAAAUGAUGAUGAAAUACAUUAUCAAAAUAUUUCAAAUGAAGAUAAUUUAGAUAGAAAUAACAAUGAAUUUCUUAGUGACAAUUUAUCUUAUUAUGAAAGUUGCACAUCCGAUUUUAAAGAAAGAGAUAUAAAAAAUGAACAAAUGAAUAAUGAAAUAAAAAAUAAAGAUACUAUUCCUACAAUGAGAAGAGAUAAAUAUGAUGUUAUUCCAAAAAAUAUGAAUUUAUCAGAAAAAAAUGGUACGGGUGUUUAUAUUAUGCCUGAUGGUACUAAAAGUAAAAAAUGUUCUUGGGGUGCACCCUAUGCUGUCUUUGAAUGUGAUAAAAAAAAAAUAAUUAAUUUAUAUUAUUUUAUCAAGAAGGAAAUAAAAUUGUUGGAAUGUUUUAAUAUUAAUCAUUUGUUGGAUACUCCUUUUAUGAAAACGUUAGAAGAAAAAUAUUAUGCUCAAUGUGAUAAGCUGCGUGAACAGAAAAAGAAAACUAUGCAACAUAAUGAUAUUAAUAUUAUUGAUAGUAUUGAUAAUGUUGAUGGUAAGGAUAUAAGUUUUAAUGUUCAUGAUAAGGACGCCACUUCUAAUAUUCAUGAUAAGGAUACAACUUCUAAUGUUCAAGAUAAGGACGCCACUUCUCAUAUUCAUGAUAAGGAUACAACUUCUAAUGUUCAAGAUAAGGACGCCACUUCUAAUAUUCAUGAUAAGGAUACAACUUCUAAUAUUCAUGAUAAGAACACAACUUCUAAUGUUCAUGAUAAGGACACAACUUCUAAUAUUCAUGAUAAGGACACAACUUCUAAUAUUCAUGAUAAGGACACAACUUCUAAUGUUCAAGAUAAGAAUAACAUAUUUAAGAUGGAAAAUGUCACAUUAAAUGAACAAAAUAACAAUAUUGUUGAUAAGAAAAAUUCGACUAUAGAAAAUGUAUAUAAUAAAAAUGAUGAAUAUUCAAAAGAUACAUGUAUAUUAAAAAAUGGAAAAGACUUAGAAAUAGACAUAAUAAUAAAUGAAAAGAAUAAAAAUAUAAUAAAUGAAGAACAUAUAAAUAAAGAUAAUAAAAUAGAAGAAAAGGAGUUUAAUAUGAAGAUACAAAAUGAAAUAUCACAUAUUACAUUUAAUAAUAAUGUAAAUAAAAUUUGUGAAUUACCAUUACAUAUUAUAGUACCUUUAGAAAAUGAGAAUAUUUUAAAGAUUUGGUCUUUCUUUAAUAAUUUCAAAGAUGAUAUCUUCCAUAUUAAUAUACCUCUAAAAAAGAUAGAAGAUAUAUUUUUAUUCAAAAGAAAUAUAUUUAAUAAAGAGAUUAUUUAUUAUUCAAUUAUUAAUAGUACUUAUUUAAAAGAAUAUGUAGAAAAACAUAAUUUGUUAUACAAAUUAUUCUUAAAAAUGUCGAAUAAUAUAAAUAAAAAAAAAAAAAAUACAUUUACAAAUAUAAAUAUUAAAGACAAUAUUUUAAAAACCUUGUUAAUAUUAUUACAUUAUUCAUUAAUAAGAAAAAAAAAUUUUGAAGAUAUACAAAAGAGUGAAAGUAAUACUAGUAAAAAAAUAAAAGAAAAAUAUAUAAUUAAAAAUGAGGAAUAUAAUAUAUAUCAAAUGAUGGAUGAAUAUGAAUUUCCUUUGAUGAAUAAUUUUUGUAGGUUGGAAUUUAAAAAAAAUAUCGAAAUGGAUACUGACAAUAUUAUAACAGAUGAUAUUGAUAAUAAAAAUAAACGUUGUGAUGAUAAAAAUAUAAAUAGUGAUGAAAAUAAUAAUAAUUGUGAUGAAAAUAAUAAAAAUAGUGAUAAAAAUAUAAAUAGUGAUAAAAAUAUAAAUAGUGAUGAAAAUAAUAAAAAUAGUGAUGAAAAUAAGGAAGAUAGAGAAGAAAAAAAAAGAAUUAUUCCAAAUGAUAAAAUGUGCACGGAAGAAUAUAAAAUUAAAGUACUAUUAUUAGAAGAUAUUAAACGUCAAUGUAUAAGAUAUCAUAAUAAAAAUAAAAAAAAAUUCAUAAAAAAAUAUGAAAUGGAUACUUAUUCAUUAUAUAAUAGAAAUUAUGAAGAAAACAUUUAUAGAAUUGCCACAAGAAGGAGAAAAAUAAAUAAAUCUAUCAGAAAAAUGAGACCAAUAAGACCAUUAAGACAAUUAAGAAAAAUAAGACAAAUAAGACAAAUAAGACAAAUAAAUGAAAAAAGAAAAAAGAAAAGAAAAAGAAAAAGAAGAAUAAGAAUAACUAGAAGAAGAAAAAAAAAUGAAGAAAAUGAUACUUGUUCAAUAACAGAUAAUAGAAAUAUGAAAAUAUUAUCAAAUAAUAUAUCUAAAGAUUAUAUAUAUGAUAAUUAUAUAUAUGAUAAUUAUAUAUAUUCACAUAAAAAUAAUAUUAAUUAUAAUAAUUAUAUAUCAGAUACAUUAUCAUAUAUAAAUUCUGAAGAUUCCUUACAACCUUUUACAAGAAAAAGAAGAAAAAAAAAAAAAAAAAAAAGAAGAACAAGAAAAAGAUAUCUAGACAAUGAUCUAUAUAAUUCACAAAACGAAUAUAUGCUACCAAAAAUGGAUAACUUACAACAUAAAGAAAUGAAUAUAAAGCAAAACAUGAAUAAUUAUAUUCCUCAAGAAAAUAUUAAUUAUAAUAAUACAAAAAAACAAUAUAUUCAUAAUAAUAAUAAUAAUAAUAAUGACAUAAGUUGUGACAAUAUAAAUUAUGAUAAUAACAAGUUCGAUCUUUUUAAUUAUGAAAAUACCGCUUUAGAUAAUACAUAUAAUUCUUUUUCAAGUGAAAAUUAUUAUGUGGAUGACAAAACAAACAUUAUUUUUUGUUCUAAAGAUACAGCCAAAUAUUAUAUGGAUAUAAUAAAUAAUAAGGAAAAAGAUGAUAUAUUAAAUGAAAAAAAAACUAAUGACCAAGUCAACAGCAUAAAAGAUAACGGAUUAAUAGAAGAACAAAAUGAACAUAUUUGUAAAAACGAAAAAAAUAUGAAUCAUAUAAAUGAUGAACUAGUUGAAGAAAAAAUAAAACUAUAUGACAAGCAAGAUGUUAAAGAAAAUUUAAAUAAAAAUGAAUCUUUUAAUAGUAUAGAGGAAACAUCUACAUCGAGUAUUUGUGAGGAAAUACCAUCAUACUUAAAUUCUUAUAAUGAAAAAGAAGAAUAUGAAGAAGAUAUUACAAAUGAUACUUAUAAAAAUAUAUUAUCGAAUGUGUUUGUAAACAGAAACAAGAAAAAAAUGAUAUUCGAAAAAUAUGAUGAUAUUAGAAUAUUAGAUAAUAUAUCAUGGACUAUCUUGUUGAAGAAAUAUAUUUUUAUGAUUCUAUAUACUAUGAAGCAUUGUAUUAUAUUUAAUGAUAAGGAAGAAAAGAAGGGUGAUAUUAAUAUAGGAGAUGAUAAAAAUGGACUCACUGAUAAGUGCCAUAAUAUUGAUACAUGCAAAAAUAUUGAUAAUUUUAAAAUCGAUGAGUAUGAUAAUAAAAAUGAAAAUAUUAAUGAUGAUAAUAAAAUUGGUGUUACAAUAAAUGAGUCCAGUGAUAUAUUGAAAGAUAAUAAUAAUAAUAAUAAUAAUAAUAAUAAUAAUAUUUUAAAUAAUGAAGAGAAUAAUUCAAAAAAUGUGAUAGAUAACAAUUUAAAUGUUAAAGAAGUUAUAACUAAUAAUACUGAUAAAGAAGAACUAUUAUAUGAUCCAUAUUUAAAAACAAAUGAUAGUACUGAUAUAUUAGAUGAUAUAUUAUCAUGUUAUAAUGAGAACGUAGAUAUAGAGGAUGACAAAUGUUAUCAUAUCAAUAUGUCUCAUAAUCUGAAUGGAGAAAAAAAUAAAAAAAAUAUGUUUAACAAUUUAACUUGUUUAUAUAGUGUAAAUUUAGAUAAUAUAAAUUUAAUUAAAUAUAAAAUGAUGUGGUUACUUAAUGUGAAUAAAAAAUAUUUAAAAUAUAAUGAACUUGUUGAUCUGAUUGAUAUUUGGAACUUUUUAUGUAAAGAAAAUAAUACAUAUGAAAUGUUAAAUGAAACUGAUAAAAUGAAAAUAAUAAUUUUUUUUAUAAAUAUAAUAAAAGAUAGUAAUAUAUGUAAUGAAUUUGUAAAAAGAAAUAUUAGUUCUAAUAAAGCAUUGUUCCAUAUUGAUCAUUUAAAUAAUUCUAUGAAUUAUAUAUUAGAUGAACAAAAACAAAAUAAUAUUAUAAAACAAAAUGAUGUUUCUAAUAUGUCUUUAAAUAUUAAAGAAAUAAAUACAAAUAGCUUAUUAUAUAAAUGUGAAAAUAUUAAUGUUUCUACAAAAGAAGAAGAAAAAAAUAUUCUAUCUUAUGUAAGUAAUAAUAAAGUAAUAAAUAAUAAUAAUAAUAAUAAUAAUAAUAAUAAGAAUGAUCUCAAUAUGGAUCAUUUAAAGAGUGAAAAAAUAAAUAUAAUACCCCUUCAAAACAAAUUGUUCAAACCAACAAAUGGUCUUACAGAUAAGGAUAUAAAUCAUAAUACUUGUAAUAAUAGUAAUAUUUGUAUUAUGAAAAAUGAAUAUUUAGGGGAUGACAGAUAUGAUAAUAAAUAUUAUUAUCUUGCAGAUAUUUUUGGUUAUAUAAAUAGAAUAUAUGUUCUUUAUUCUAAUAAUAAAAAGGUAAGGAAUGAUGAAAGUGAUAACUCAUAUAGAGAAAAUAACAACAACAAUAAUAAUGAUGAUAAUAAUAAUAAUAAUAAUAAUAAUGAUGAAUAUGAUAAUAAUAAUUGUUCUAAUAUCCCUGAAGAGAUAAUAAAUUCUUUUAUGUCUUAUCAUAUUCAACAAAACACAAAUACAACAAAGGUUUCUAAGGGUAGUAUAAAUAUUGGCUAUAUUGAAGGAAUACAUAAUAUCGAUCUUUUUAUUAACAAUUUUGAUACAUCCAUUUAUAAAGAAACAAACUUGAAAAAAAAAUUUAUCGAAAUAAAAGAUAUUAUACUGAGCGAAGAAUUAAAUAUUUUAAAGAAUAAUUUUAAAAAAGAAAAAUGUAAUAUUAAAGAGGUGAAUCACAACAAAUAUAAUGAUAAUAAUUUAGAAGGUACUAUAACUGAUAUGGGCGAUGAAGAAAGUUUAAAUCAUAUAAAUGAUUUUAUAUUAAAUGACCAAAAUUUUGAUAAGGAUUAUAUAGGAAGGAAAAUAUCUGAAUCACCUACUAAAAGAAGAAAUCCUGAUAGGUUUACUCCUGUUAAUGAGAAUAAUCAAAGUAAAGGAAAUAAUCAAAGUAAAGGAAAUAAUCAAAGUAAAGGAAAUAAUCAAAGUAAAGGAAAUAAUCAAAAUAAAGGAAAUAAUAAAAAAGAUAUAAAAGAAAAUAUAAAGUCAGAAGAGAAGAUUAUAUAUUUCACAGAAAAUGAAAAAUUAUUUGAACAAGUUUUCUUUAUUUGUGAAAAGAUUCUUCAUUUUAGAAAAGAAAUAAAUAAUUUAUUAUCUGUAACUUAUGAAAGACAAAUUGAUAGAAAAAUAUAUAAUUUUAUAAAUUAUAGUAUGCAUCAUAUUAUUAAUGGAACAGUAACAAAGAAUACUAUAAAAUUAAUAUUUAAUAAAUAUAUACAUAUCUUAUAUAUAAUAGAAAAAUGUAUGUGUUCAAAUAAUCCUUGCUAUUUUAUAAAAAAAAAAUGGAUACCCUUAUUUCAUAAACAAUGGAAUGAUGAUAUUGAAUUAAUACAAAAUCAAAUCGAAGAUAAUAUGGAUGUAUUAAAUAUAUUCGAUAUUUUACCUCUAUUAAAUAUAUAUUUUAAUUUCUUCUAUAUAUAUGGAAUCAAUAUUAAAGCCUUAUAUAAAUGGAAGAAUUAUAAUAUUGAGCAAAGAAUAUUGAGCAAAUAUAAUGAAGAGUCUAUUCUGUGGAGUAAUGAAGUUAAAUAUUUGGAAAAAUUUUUUAUGAAAGAUUAUAAUAAAAAUUAUGAGAAAAUGAUUGCACGCAAAAAUAAAAAAAAUGAACUUGAACAAAAAAUAAAGGAUCAGCCAAAAAGAGAAGUAAACAAAAAUAUUAAUGAUGAAAAUAUUAAAGAUGAUGAAAAUGUAAAAGAUGAUGAAAAUAUUAAAGAUGAUGAAAAUAUAAAAGAUGAUGAAAAUAUUAAAGAUGAUGAAAAUAUUAAAGAUGAACAAAAAAUGAAUGAUGAUGGAAAUAUUAAGGAUGAACAAAAAAUGAAUGAUGAUGGAAAUAUCAAGGAUGAACAAAAUAAUAAGGAUGAACAAAAUAAUAAGGAUCAACAAAAUAAUAAAGAUCAACAAAAGAUCAACAAAAUAAUAAAGAUGAACAAAAUAAUAAAGAUCAACAAAAUAAUAAAGAUCAACAAAAUAAUAAAGAUCAACAAAAUAUUAAGGAUGACCACAAAAUUAGUGAUCAUGAAAAUACUAAAAAUGAAGAAGUCCAAAGUGAAAAAUCAUCAACUGAUGAAGAAGACACAGAAGAUGAAAUUAUUAUCCAAAAAAGAAAAAAAAAUGAAUGCUUUAAGAAAAAAUUUAUUUGAAUAUAUGCCUUUUCAAAAGAACGAAAAAUAUUACUACUUUAAAGAAGGACAUAUGGAACAUAUAAAUAAGUUUAAAGAUUAUCAUACAAUUUAUAAGAAGGAUGAUAAUCUUGAUGAAUUUGCAAGUGUGGAACAACUACACGUACAUGAUAUUAAAAUAUAUUUUAUUCCUAAAAUACAAAAAACAAACCAAGAAGAUAAAAAUAAACAAAGAAACAAAAAUGAUACAAAUGUAGAACAACAAAAUAUGUUAUUACAUACAUGUCAAAAAGAACAAUAUCCAUUACAUGGAAAUAUAAUUCGAAAUAAUAAACAUUAUGAUAAUUAUAAUAAUAAUUGUUGGAAGUGUAUUAAAGAAUAUCCUAUUCAUAAUAUAACAUCAUUUACAAAAUUGAAAAAAAAAAAAAAAAAAAAUACUCAUAUAAGAAAAGAUUAUAUAAAUAAUAAUCAAAUAGAAUAUACAUUUGAAGAAUUACAAUUAACACAAAAUAUGAAAAAGAAGAAAAAACCAAAAAUGAAAAAAAAAAAAAAUCAAACAUUUCAUAUUAUUAAUAAUGAAAUGAUAAAUGAUCGUAUAUAUCAUAAAUUAUAUAAUGAUAUAUUUGAAAUAAAAAAUAAAAUUCAAAACAAUGAUCAUAUUAUCAACGAAAAGAAAGUUAAUAUAUUUAAUUCAAAAAAUGCAUCAGAUAUAGGAAAUAUAACAAAUACUAUUAAUUUAACAAUUAAUGAUAAUGUAUCAAGUGUAUAUCAUCAUAUCAUGAAUAAAGAUCAAAAUAUAGUACAAAAAAAUGAUAUAUACAACAAUAAUAAUUAUAUAAAUCAAAGUGAAAAUCAUAUAAAUAAUCAUAAUGAUAUAUACAAUAAUCACAAUCAAUCAUGUCUUUUAUUAUGUCAAUUACAUUGUACUAUUUUAUCACGUCAACAUGAGAUAGCUGAUAUCUUAUAUAAAAAAUUAAAUUUUGAAAAUAAAAAUACUACUAUACAAAAUAAUAUAAAACAUACAAAUAUUUAUUUGUUCAAUUUAUAUUUUGAUGAAAAUAUGAAAACAUUAUUAUACAUUAUACCAUCCAAAAAAAUUUAUAAAUCCUUGAAUAGUAAUUGGAAGGUUGGUUUAAAAUGUAGAAUACAAAAGCCAUUAUGUGCUACUAAUUAUAAUGCAUAUUCAGCUACAAUCAGAAAGAUUAUUUAUGAUCCUCAACAUUUAUGGAAAUGUGUAACAGUGAAAAAAGACACUCAGAAAUUUAAUAAAAAUUCAAUAAAUCAAAAAGUCAACUUUUGGGAAUUAACUAAAAAGAAAAAUGUGUAA